AUGCAGGUGGAGCGUACCUGGGGCGUGAAGCUGAGGCGGGCCUGGAGCGUGGAGCUGCAGAAGGCCUGGAGCGUGGAGUUGCGGAGGACCCGGAGAGUUGAGUUGCAGUGGACCCGGAGAGUGGCGGCCAUUCAGGAAGUUCAGCAGGCGGCAGCCAUUCAGGGAGUUCAGGUGGCGGCGGCCACUUGGGAAGCUCAGGUGGCGGCGACGGCCAUUCCGGAAGGUCAGGUGGCAGCGACGACCAUUCAGGAAGCUCAGGCAGCAGCAGCCACUCGGGAAGCUCAGGCGGUGGCGGCCCUGGCAGCGGCGUCGACUCUGGCAGCGGCGCUGGCUGCGACGUCGACUCUAGCUGCGGCGCUGGCUGCGGCGUACUCUGGCUGCUGCGCUGGCAGCUCUUGCGGUGGCAGCUCUGGCAGUAGCAGUGACUCUGGCAGCUCUAGAGAAUCUGGCAGCACUGGAGGGUCUGGCAGCUCUGGAGGAUCUGGCAACACUAGAGGAUCUGGCAACACUGGAGGGACUGGCAGCUCUUGA